AUGCCACUAACGGUCGAGCCAUUGGAGGCCGCAGUUCCAGCUGCUGGAGGCAAAUCCACUCACCAACUCACCAACAAUACGAAUCAGAGGAUGAUCUUCAAGAUUCGAAGUACUAACAACGACGAGUAUCGUGUUCGUCCCGUCUUUGGAUUCGUCGACCCGGCUGGAAACGCAAGCAUCGAAGUGACACGAUUGAACGGCCCGCCGAAGGACGACCGAAUUGUGGUGCAAUUCGCACCCGCACCAAAGAACGCCAGCGACGCGAAGGAGGCAUUUGGACAGACAGAAGUGACCAGCAUGUUCUCCAUCAAUCUCAGUGCCACCUAA